AUGUCGUUCGCGGUCGAUCCCCAUCACCUCUCCUUGAUGGCGAAGAGCAUGACCAUCAAAGGUUUCUCGUUCACGGGCCAUCUCGAGACUGCGCACAAGAACCUUCCCCAGGACCUCAUCGAAACUGGGCAUCGUCCUAUGUUCAGAUUCAUCUACCUUGAUCCUGCCCGCCGCCCGUUCAUUACCAAGAAGACGAAGGUGGCUGCUCGAGUCACUUCCAUCGUCCGCGCUGCUCUUAUGGUGGCCAAUGUCAAUGACCUAGGCCCUCAGCACAUUGAAAAGGCCCUGUUCUGGGAUUGGGUCAAGGAAAUGCUGGUCAGCGACGACAUCUUCGCAUCAGCUACGGCCGAGGAGACUUUGGAGUGGAAGUUCAUUGUUGAGCUUUUCUAUGCAGCCUGGGUUGAGUUUGCCAAGAGCCGCCCUUACGACACCAAGCGCUUUGUCGCCGGUCCUGAUAACGACGACUACAACUUCUGGGAUCUCCAUCUUGCUAUGGCUGAUUGGGACCACUUGAUAGGUGGCAACUUCGGCGCCAACGCCGACAUGAAAGGCUUCAGAAUUAUCGAGGAUCGCGAGCGCAAGGAACCCUCCAGCAAGUACUACUUCAAGAUGGAUGGCAGCAACAGAGCCAAAGACGCCUCUCUCGGCCAUUGGUCUUCGGGGUGGUCGAUGUGCAUGAAGAAGAUGAUGGAAAGAGCGGACGGUGUCUUGGAGCAGGAGCAGGAGAUGAUGCGCCUCUCCGCCAUAGAUAACAUGGACCGAGACCGUCGCAUCGGAGAGAAGACUUCUCAAAUGGAGGAGCUUGACCGAGAGAUUGACGAGCUUAAGGCCCGCCUUGCGAAGUACGAGGAGAUGUCGGCGCACGAAACCGCCGGUGCUACUGGCCUGAACGAUGAGGCCGUCAGCAAUAAUGAGGUGGUCACCAGCAGCGUUGUCAACCUCGCUGACCACAAGAUCAAGAAUGAUGAGGGCUAUGCCGACGAUGAUCAUGCAACCACCGAGGCCGAGAACACUGCAGACCAGGACAGCGUUGCCAAGCAGGGCCCCGAGACGAUGAACGCCGACAAGGACGCCGCGAUCCAGAUCAAGGCUAUGGCUACCAAUUACGGUCAGACAGCUGCCAUUGACGAGUCUACCGUCGACAAACCUACCGUUGACAAGCCUACCGUCGAUAAGCCCGCCAUCGACACGGCCCCCACCUCUCUCGAUAAGGGCCCUCCUAUCCCUGGUCCAGCGACCAAGACGUCCAACGACUUCAAGUCGAUUGAGGUCAUUGACCUCACCGCUCAUUGA